ACCCAAACUCUCUUAUUUUCAUGUUGGCCCAAGACCCCCUACUUUCGCUUUCACUUGGAAGUUGCACUCUCAAAAGUUGGAAUUUGGAAUGGAAGUAAUUGCCAAUUAGGAUGUGUAUUUGAAUCGCAAAAAGAGCCAUCCUGUAGGCCUAUUCACUCCUUGGAAAUUGUAGUCUGCAAUUCUUUUAACAUAUAUAUUUUUUCUCGUUUCUCUUGUAAGGUGUUCCACUUAAAAUACAAACCAAUACUUUAAGAAAAAUCAGUCUAAACUCUAAACCUCCCAUGUUAUGUCCUAUUAACCUGACAUGAGGCCGCUCAAAUUUCACUCUUUUAUACUCAGUCGCAGUCACCAGUCUUCAGUCACUAGAUGCUCACUGUCCACUACUUCACUGUCCACCCACAAAUUGUAAAUUGUCUCUUCGUCUUCUGUUUGUCAGUGUGGCGACGGCUUGGCUGGCUACAUCAACAACAAAUUAGAGAUCUGCUUUGGGCCUGCACCUACAGAAGCUUCUUCCGAUUUUCAGCUUGGCGGGCUCAUUAUCGUGACCGGUCAGCAGUGAACUUGCGCGCGUUCGCGUUGCAUCAUACGGCAUCGUACUAACACUCCCCCCAGCAUUGUUGAGGAUGGAAGACAAGUUAGAGAAUGUGGACACCUGGACCUGCGAAGAUGUUGAGAAGUGGUUAAAGGCAAAUGGCUUUAUAGAGUAUGCCACUAAAUUUAGUCAAGGUCAUAGGAUAGAUGGUCAAGGUUUACUCAGUUUGACAGAAAAGGAUCUCAAGGAUCCCCCAAUGAGCAUUCCUUAUUUAGGUGAUAUUAAGCGUCUCAGUUUUAAAAUACAUGCCUUGCAGGCACAAAAUAUUAAGCCCUCAAAGCUGAUUGCUAGGGAAGCAGUUCACUUGCUCCAUGAGUCGAGCUGCAGAGAAAGAACGCAGCCUGUUAAUCCUGGUUACGACAGACAGGGGACUCCAUCAAGGCAAGAUAGCACAGAGUCUGAGGGAUUUGACAACUCCUUAUUUCAAGGGACAUCAGUACGCAGUAGGCACACAUUCAGAAACUCAACAUGUUCGCCUUCUCAGGACAUUCCAAUGGAACUGUGGAAGACGGUGCUCAGUUUCCUCUAUAUAUUUGUUGUAUUUUUGAUAACAGCGUUUAUCAUGGUUGUAGUUCAUGAUCGUGUUCCCGAGAUGGAUAGGUACCCUCCUCUCCCUGAUCUUUUCUUGGACAACAUGCCGUAUGUUCCCUGGGCAUUUGAAGCCUGUGAGAUGGUUGGACUCGUUCUGGCAAUAAUGUGGUUUGCUCUCCUCUUUUUUCACAAACACAGAUUUAUUCUUAUGAGGCGUCUUUUUUCUCUGAUGGGCACCAUUUUUCUCCUGCGCUGUGUGACUAUGUUGAUCACAUCUUUGUCAGUACCUGGAAAACAUCUACAGUGUAGUGGCAGGAGGUAUGGAGAUUUCUAUUCCCGAUUGGAGAGAGCAAUUGAGAUCUGGCAGGGGUUUGGAAUGUCUUUGCAAGGUGUGAGGACUUGUGGAGAUUACAUGUUCAGUGGCCAUACCUCCAUCAUCACACUCCUCAAUUUCUUUAUCACUGAAUACACCCCAAGGAAGUAUUACUUUGUGCACAUCAUUUCAUGGUGUCUCAACUUCUUUGGGAUAUUUUUCUUGCUGGCAGCUCACGAGCAUUACUCCAUCGAUGUGUUUAUGGCAUUCUACCUUUCCUCCCGCCUCUUCAUGUACUACCAUACCUUGGCUAACAACAGGGCCUUGAUGCAACCCGAUGCUAGACGAACUCGCAUUUGGUUUCCACUUUUCGCAUUCUUUGAAUCAAAGUGUCAAGGACGAGUGCCAAAUCAAUUUGAAUGGCCUCUUGUUUAUUUUGCACCAUGCAUGAAGCAGAUAGGCUUUUGGAUCAAAUGUAUGUUCAGCAAAGUUGGUCGUAAACCUGAGGAAAAAGAAGCGGUCAAGACAGAAUGAUUACUACUCAUAUUUUUGUGUGAAAGUUGGAAAGAAAGUACAUGAGAGUCCUCUUAUACCGAGCAUGGCUAAUCCGAAAACAACUAAUCCGAAUGAAAAGAAAA